ACCCGUCCCCAUCCGUCUCCGCCAGAUUCCAACCUCAAACCAAAAAAUCCCCCAAUUCCGGCGUGCGAGAGCGCGAGGAAGGAGGCCAAGGCGGCGGCGAUGUCGGGGCGAGGCAAGGGGGGCAAGGGGCUGGGCAAGGGCGGCGCCAAGCGCCACCGCAAGGUGCUCCGCGACAACAUCCAGGGCAUCACCAAGCCGGCUAUCCGGCGGCUGGCCCGGAGGGGCGGCGUGAAGCGCAUCUCGGGGCUCAUCUACGAGGAGACCCGCGGCGUGCUCAAGAUCUUCCUCGAGAACGUCAUCCGCGACGCCGUCACCUACACCGAGCACGCCAGGCGCAAGACCGUCACCGCCAUGGACGUCGUCUACGCGCUCAAGCGCCAGGGGCGCACCCUCUACGGCUUCGGCGGCUAGGCCGCCGGCGCGCCUCCGUCGUGUGCUCGCGCUCCGUCUCGGCGCGGUUCCUGGAUUGGGGCCGUCUGUGGUUAGGGGUGAUGGUUCGUUGUCAAGGGAUUGGCUGUGUUGGCUUAGUUGCGGUGGUGGUAGUAGUAGUAGUAUUGCUUUGCUCACAUUGUUGCCUUGCUCAAUGUAGUCUACUAUCUUUGUGCCGUGAAGAAAAGCGUACUGCCUAUCUUGUAUGAGGAUGCAGCAAAGAAAUGAAAGUGCGAAAUGCCACCUGGAUGAAUCUUAUCCUGAAGAAAGUAACUCGUUCGGUAA